GAGUCUGAGGAGAGACAGCGCUCCCAAUGGGGUCUCCGUGUAGCAGUAUAUUCCCAGCCUUCGGCCAGUACCAGAUCAUGGGAGUCUGAGGAGAGACAGCGCUCCCUUUGGGGUCUCCGUGUAGCAGUAUAUUCCCAGCCUUCGGCCAGUACCAGAUCAUGGGCAAGUGCUGGGAAGGAUGAUAAAGACUAUGCUUUAAAACAGAUAGAAGGAACCGGGAUCUCAAUGUCGGCAUGUAGAGAAAUAGCAUUACUUCGAGAGCUUAAGCAUCCAAAUGUCAUCUCUCUUCAAAAGGUGUUUCUCUCUCAUGCUGAUAGGAAAGUAUGGCUUCUGUUUGACUAUGCUGAACAUGAUCUCUGGCAUAUAAUCAAGUUUCACAGAGCUUCUAAAGCAAACAAGAAGCCAGUUCAGUUACCUCGGGGAAUGGUGAAGUCACUUUUAUAUCAGAUCCUGGAUGGGAUUCACUACCUGCAUGCUAAUUGGGUGUUGCACAGGGAUUUGAAACCUGCUAAUAUUUUAGUUAUGGGUGAAGGUCCUGAGCGAGGAAGAGUAAAAAUUGCUGAUAUGGGCUUUGCCCGCUUAUUUAAUUCACCUUUGAAGCCUUUAGCAGAUUUGGAUCCAGUAGUGGUUACAUUCUGGUACCGUGCCCCAGAACUACUUCUUGGAGCAAGACAUUAUACCAAAGCUAUUGAUAUUUGGGCUAUAGGGUGUAUAUUUGCAGAACUACUAACGUCAGAACCAAUAUUUCACUGUCGACAAGAGGACAUCAAAACUAGUAAUCCUUAUCACCAUGACCAGCUGGACAGAAUAUUCAAUGUAAUGGGAUUUCCUGCAGAUAAAGAUUGGGAAGAUAUAAAAAAGAUGCCCGAACAUUCAACAUUAAUGAAAGAUUUCAGAAGAAAUACGUAUACCAACUGCAGCCUUAUCAAGUAUAUGGAAAAACAUAAAGUUAAACCAGAUAGUAAAGCAUUCCACUUGCUUCAGAAGUUGCUUACCAUGGACCCAAUAAAGCGAAUUACCUCAGAACAGGCUAUGCAGGAUCCCUACUUCUUAGAAGACCCUCUUCCUACAUCAGACGUUUUUGCCGGUUGUCAAAUCCCCUAUCCAAAACGAGAGUUUUUAACAGAAGAAGAACCUGAUGACAAAGGAGACAAAAACCAGCAGCAGCAGCAGGGCAAUAACCACACUAAUGGGACUGGCCACCCAGGGAAUCAAGACAGCAGUCAUGCACAGGGACCCCCGUUGAAAAAAGUGAGAGUUGUUCCUCCUACCACUACCUCAGGUGGACUGAUAAUGACCUCAGACUAUCAGCGUUCCAAUCCUCAUGCUGCCUAUCCCAACCCUGGACCAAGCACAUCACAGCCACAGAGCAGCAUGGGAUACUCAGCUACCUCCCAGCAGCCUCCACAGUACUCACAUCAGACGCAUCGGUACUGAGCGGCCUCGGAAUCUCGUCAAUGCACUGUUGCUAAUGCUGCAGGGCUGACUGUGCAGCUGUCUGCGGGAACCUGGUCUGGGCCAUGAGAAUGUACUGUCCAACCAACCGCAUCUUCGAAAUGUCCAGGAGCCAAGUUCCACCACUUUUCACAGAUUGGGGUAGUGGCUUCCAAGUUGUACCUGUUUUGGAGUUAGACUUGAAAAGAAAGUGCUAGCACAGUUUGUGUUGUGGAUUUGCUACUUCCAUAGUUUACUUGACAUGGUUCA